AUGAAAAACAAUAGUAUAUUCUCACGUAACCGCAAGAUCCAUAAUCCAUUUAAGAAGAGAAACUCACCGAGUGGCAAGUCACAUUCACAUAGCGUUCAUCAACAAAAUGUGAUAAGUGCACUAGGCGGUAUGCCACACGAUUUUGAUUUUGAUUUUCAAUCAGCGACGGAAACACCGACGGCAAAGCUUUAUAGGAUUCAAACUUUGGUUACGAUUAACCAUGGUGAAGGUCAGAAGAACUUUUCGUUAAGUCCUAAUAAUCCGAAUUAG